AUGCCCUCAGCCACGCCCGUGAUCCCAACCCAACAAACCGCCAUCAUCGCCGAGGGCGCCGGCCAACUGAGCAUCCAUCACGACGCGCCAGUUCCCGCCGUGCAACCCGAUGUAGCCCUGGUCCGAACCGCGGCGGUGGCCAUCAACCCCGUGGACGCGAAGAUGCUGGACUACAGCCCCGUGCCGGGAGCGAUCCACGGGUAUGACUUCGCGGGCACGAUCGUGGCGCUGGGGAGCGAGACGCCGGGUCAUCUGAAGGUCGGAGACCGAGUGGCAGGGUUCGUGCAUGGCAUGAACCCGCUGCUGCCGGACGUGGGCGCAUUCGCGGAAUACGUGGCGGCGUCUGCGGACCUGGUGCUCAAGCUCCCGGACACGAUGAGUUUCGAGGAGGGCGCGUCGCUGGGCCUGGGGCUGUUCACCGCGGGCCUGGGACUGUUCCAACAUCUCCAGCUCGCAUUACCCUCUUUCACCCGUGGACCACCCAACAACAACCCGGAGGAACCUGAGGGUGUUAGUAGCCCUAAGGCAGACUUUGUCCUCGUUGCGGGUGGGAGUACCGCCACAGGGACGCGAGCACUGCAACUGCUGAAACUAGCCGGCCUCCGCCCGAUAGCCACCUGCUCCCCGGCGCACUUCGACCUAGCCCGUCGCUUCGGCGCCGAAGCCGUCUUCGACUACCACGACCCCGACUGCGCCGCCGCCAUCCGCACCUACACGAAGAACACCCUCGCCUACGCGCUCGACUGCCUCGCCCUGGCAGAGACCACUCAGCUCUGCUACGGCGCUCUGGGCCGCGCCGGCGGCCGCUACGUCACCCUCGAGCCCUUCCGCGCGGCCAUCGCCGCCCAGCGCCCGCUCACCGUCUCCCCGUCUUGGUUGCUGGCGCUGACGAUCUUCGGGCGCAAGGUGGCGUUGGAUGGGGAGUAUGGUCGGGAGGCGAACCCGGAGGACCGGAAGUUCGGGACGCGAUUGACGGCGGAGGUGCAGGUGUUGCUGGAUGAGGGCAAGGUGGAUGUGCAUCCGGUUAGGGUUAUGGAUGGGGGGUGGGAGGGCGUGUUGAAGGGGGUGGAUCUGGUGAGACGCCAGACGGUUUCGGGUCAGAAGUUGGUUUAUGUUGUUUAG